UUAGUAUGCUUCAUUCAGUAUCACGUGCACUUUAAACUGUAUGUAUCUUUUCUGUAUAUAAACUUAUCCCAUUACUAACAUCAAAUACUUUUUUGAAAGUAUUUAUUAUUUAUAUUGUAUUAGUAUAUUCCAUAAAUUUUUAUAUCUAUGUUUAAAAAAUUUAAAGCUGUUUUAUAAUGGUACGACACAAUAAUCAGUUGCCCAAUAACCUCCCACAAUUACAAAAUCUCAUAAAAAGAGAUCCGGCCUCCUAUAAAGAUGAAUUCCUUCAACAACAACGUCAUUAUAAAUCAUUAUUGGCUGUAUUUACCUUGCGUCCAUCAGAUUUUAAUAAAAGUCUCGAUGAACUGGUUAUGUUUAUGGCUCAAGUAGCACAUUGUUAUCCCGGUGAACUUAAAACAUUUGCACAAGAACUUACUGAUCUACUGCAAACUCAUGGACCUGUAUUAGAUAAAGAUAUGCGUAUGACAUUUUGUCGAGCACUCAUUCUAUUACGUAAUAAAAAAUUAUUGACUCCAACAGAUUUGCUUUCAUUGUUUUUUGGAUUACUCAGAUCACAAGAUAAAGAAUUAAGAAAAUUUUUAGAAUCCCAUAUUGUUUCUGACAUAAAGAAUCUUAAUUCCAAGCACAAAGAUGCCAAAUUAAAUCGGAAUUUACAAAAUUUCAUGUACACAAUGCUAAAAGAUAACAAUGCCAAAGCUGCUAAAAUGUCUUUGGGAAUAAUGAUUGACUUGUAUAAGAAAAAUAUCUGGAAAGAUACAAAAACUGUCAAUGUAAUUUCAACUGGCUGCUUUUCAAAAAUUACAAAAGUUAUGGUAGCCGCUUUAAAAUUUUUUGUCACUAUUGAUACAAAUGAUUCUUCUGAUGAUAGUGACUCUUCUAGUUCUGAUGAUGAAGGACCAAAUACACGAGAAGUAAUAAUGGCCAAUAAAGUUAGUAAAACUACCAGAAAAAGACAAAAAAAUUUGAAAAAAGUGAAAAAAUUAGUUGAGAAAAAUAAAAGGAAGAAAAAACAGCUGUCUCAAUCAUCUAAUUUUGCUGCCUUAACAUUAAUACACGAUCCUCAAGGUUUUGCAGAAAAGUUAUUUCAUCAAUUAGAAAAAAGACAUGAACGUUUCGAAGUUAAAAUGUUAACAUUAGAUGUGGUUUCCCGUUUAAUAGGCUUACAUCAGUUAAUAUUGUUUAACUUUUAUCCAUAUGUCCAAAGAUUUUUACAACCUCAUCAAAAAGAGGUAGUGAAAAUGAUGCAAUUUGUUGCUCAAUCAUCUCAUGAGCUAGUUCCACCUGAUAUAUUAGAACCUGUCUUACGAGCUUUAGUUAAUAAUUUUGUUACAGAAAGAAAUUCAUCUGAUGUUAUGGCUAUAGGACUAAAUGCUAUUCGAGAAAUGUGUGCAAGAGCUCCAUUGGUCAUGACAGAAGAUUUAUUAAAAGAUCUUGCUCAAUAUAAAAAUUACAGAGAACGUAGUGUUAUGAUGGCAGCUAAAUCAUUAAUACAUGUUUAUAGAUCAUCAAUGCCACAUUUACUACACAAAAAAGAUAGAGGAAGACCUACUGAAGCUACCAUGGAAAUUGUAGCUAGAAAGUUUGGAGAAAUUGAUGCUAAAGAAUUUGUACCUGGAGCUGAAGUACUUCUCGAGACUGACAAAGUAGAAUCAUGUAAUGAAUCGGAUAACUCUGAUGAUGAAUGGGUUAAUGUUAGCCAUUCUGAAGAUGAAAAUGAACAGGAAGAUGAAGAUGAACAAGAAAAUGAAUCGGGUGAAGAAUUGCAUGAAUCCCAUCAAAAUUUAGUUUUAGAAAAUUCAGCAACAGAUAACACAGAAACAGUUAAAAAAGUAACUAAAAAAGAGCAAAUAGCUGAAAAAAGAGAAAAAGCUGCAAAAGUGAGUUCUAUGAGAAUAUUGACCGAUGAAGAUUUUAAACGAAUAGAAAUUGCUCAACUUAGUAAACAAAUAACCACAGCCAAAAAUAGAAAAAGACCUGCUGAACCUAAUGAAUCAUCUAAAGGUGAACUAGUUAGAUUGAAAGAUAUCGAAAAUAUUUAUAAAAAAAGGAAACAUGAUAAACAAACUAGGAUAGAGUCUAUUAAGAAAGGGCAAGAAGACAGAGAAAAGUUUGGUUACAAAGAUGGCAGACUUAAUCCUUUUUCAAGUAAAACAAAUAGAGAAAAAAAUAAAAAUAAAAACUUUAUGAUGAUAAAACAUAAAGCUAAAGGCAAAGUAAAAAAAUCAUUCAAAGAUAAGCAGUUAAAACUACGUGAUCAUUUAUUAAAGUUGAAGAAGAUGAAAUAGAAUAUUUUAAUAUUUGUGAAAAAUAUGUUUUAUUUUAAUAAAAACAAACAAAAUAUAAAACAA